AUGGACGGUCUAACAAUGACAUGUAACACGCCAACAGGAACGUCUAUGGACAAUGCGCUAGUUGGUCCUACUGUGACUUAUAUUCGAACAACGAACAACAAUAACAAUGUAUUACAACAACGACAGCAGCAAAUAAUGCAGCAGCAACCCCAACGUAUUUUGACAACAACGAAUGGUAAACCAACAUUAAUGGCUAAUUCUACUAUCAAAUUAUCCACAACAAAAUCUUCAUCUUCAAAUCCCAUUAAUCCAUUACUAGUUGGAAAUGCUUAUCAAAAAAUGCGUUCAAUAACAACAACACCUCCAGUUAAGACUGAACCUGUAAAUAUAUCAGAAUUAAAUCAACAACCCGCAGUAUAUAUCAUGAAUAACGAUAAUACUCAAAAUAAAUCCUCAGAUAACACCCGCACAAUAACCGUUAAUCGUCUAUUAUUUCCGGGAACUACUACAGCAUCAACAAUCCCAACAAAUCAAAUAGGAAAUCAAGCAAAUUCUAGUAUGUCGAACAAUGUCAUUAUCAAUGGAACCAAUGCUGUUAAUUUAGCAACGAUAGUUAAUAAUUUAACAACAUUAAACGCAAUCGCAUUACAAAAUGCGCUGAAUGGUGGUAACGGAAAUAAUAGUAUUGCCAAAUUACUAUCAACUCCAAUAAGUGCCGCAUUUUUAUCCGCCGCCACGAAUGCUGUUACAAAUGGAAUGAGUGUACCAGCUACAUUAGUACCGGCUGUUAACUCCAUAACAUCCAAUAAUAAAGAAAAUCAAAAUACACUUCCUACCGUUCAUUCAAAUUCCAAUAUUCAACAUCUGCAACAACAUUCCACUACUACUUCCAGUCGUUCAUCAACCCCGGCGACAACAGCCGUAGUUCGUUCAGUACCAUCAAAUAAUACUUUGACUGUCACAGCUGCAGGUGCAGGUACUUCCACAACUACGGCAUCAUCAUCCACACCGCCGACAAAUGUACCGAAUGAAUUUUUUGCGAAAACAAAAGUUCUGGUUGAACUGUUAACAGCACCAAACACUCAGCCACCAUCAAAAUUUGGCUCAAUGAAUAUUGAUCCACAAACUCAUACACCGUAUUCGGAUGCCACACGUACACGUUCAAAAAAACGAGUGAAUCGAGUGAAACGACCAAUGAAUGCGUUUAUGGUAUUUUCUCAAUUAGAACGGCGAAAAAUUGUACAAUUGGCACCGGAUAUGCAUAAUGCAGAAAUAAGCAAAUAUUUAGGUGCUCGAUGGAAACGUUUAUCUGAAGUUGAGCGUCGUCCAUUCAUGGAAGAAGCUGAACGUUUGAAACAAUUACAUUUACAAGAAUAUCCUGAUUAUAAAUAUCGCCCUCGUAAAAAAGCAAAAAAAGGGUUAAAUUCACCAUCAACGACAUUAUCGGUCGAUACAACAAAUUAUUCACAUUCAAAUAAGAACAACAACACAGAUACGGACACGUCAUCUGAAACUCAUACCCCUCAACCAUUGGAUCCAAACAAUUUUGAUCAUGAUAUGAAUGAAUUCAAUGAGGUGAUCGUAGAAGAAGAGAGUAGUGAUGCAUCAUCAUUCUUAUCGAAUACGUCAUUGAUGGCAAAUUUUUUGAAUGAUCCAAAAUUAGCAAAUAAUUUCUUAAUGAAUUUUGAUGAAAUACUUUCACAACAAUCUACCACCUCAUCGUGUUCUUCAGCCUCAUCUCAAACAGCUCAAACAAAUUCUUCACAAAACAGUCUUCUUUCGUCACUAAGUGGUAUGGCUGCUGAUCCAUCGUUAUUAGCCGCUUUGGAGUCAUUUGAUUUUGCUACUCAAGCUGAAUUUCUCAAUCAAUUAAAUUUACUCGGUGACUAUAAACUGUUUGAUUUAGAUUUAACGCCAGAUAAUUCAUUGUAA